GUACCGUUGCCUAGGAUUUCAAAAUUCAAAAAAGAAGGAAAGAGGUCGCCGGCCGUUGCCCAAGCUCCCCCCUCUGUCAAUGGCCGCGGAAGGAGCGAGAGCGGCGCAGAGAAGAGCCCUCGCCGCCUUCCCAGGUCACAGAAGACGUGAUCUCCGAUAUCCUCCCGUCGCUGACACCCAAAUACGCCCUCCGCUCCCGCGCCGUCUGCGAGCGUCUGGCUCUCGCUCCGGCUCGCCGCCGACCGCUAGAUCCCCCUUGCUCCCUGCUCCUCUCCUACUGCGAGGCCCCCAAGCCAGCGCGCCUCUCCAACUGCUUCGAGCUCGAGCUCGAGGCCGUCGGGCUCACCACCGACAAGCGCCGGUUGGUCGUGCGCUUCAUCGGCGGACGGCCUCGCCUACAGAGUCCGCGAGGUGCAGCGUCCUGCGACGGCAUCCUCAGCGUCCUCGACGCCUUCUUCGUCUGCAAACCCGCCACGCGCCGGUACGCUCCCCUCCCGCCGCCCCGUGGCCCGUGGGAAUGCCGGGUCGGGUCCUGUGCCGCCGAGACCAACACGGCGGGCUCCCACCGGCCAUCUCAGCUGGCGAGGGGCAUCGAGCGCGCCGUCGUCUGCACUGGACUACUGGAGUGGACGAGGUGGCGUCGGUGGAGCGCGCGCGCCUGCACCAACCCGCCCGGUCCUUCCUUGUACACGGCACGGCAGCCUGCAGUCCUGCACUGCACUGGGCGCCAAGCGGACAACAUACUGGCCGGUGUUGGACAGUCGACACAGCUGCUCAUCCCCGGCUCAUGGUCAUGGAGGAGCACGAUGCAAUGCCAUGCUCUGCCCUAGGGGCUGUGGCGAUUGUGUCUGACGACAACAAGGGGAAAUUACACUACAGCCGUCUAUCUGUUCUGAUGGCUGCCGCACCCUGCUAUUCAGUUGGCCCGCGAUCAGAGACAGGCACGGAACUCCCCAACAACGCAAUCACUUGACGGGGCGAGCUCCCCCUCCCCAUCGAUUUCCCCAACAACUACAGGGCGAGCUCCCCCUCCCCCUCGAUUUCCCCAACAACUACAGGGCGAGCUCCCCCUCCCCCUCGAUUUCCCCACAGCGCACGCAGUUGACGGGACGACACGAACCCGAGCGAGCACCAAGAACAAGGAAUCCGUCCUGGUGCCCCAGCAGCGCAGGCCCUUGGCGGGAUGACGAGAACCGGAUCAAGCGCCAAGAACAAGGAAUCCGUCCAGACCGAGAUCGACAUGGAAUCGAAGAGGUCGUCAACGGCGGCGGGGCACAUCGCUGACCUCCCCGAGCAGAUCUGGUGGGCAAUCCUCGAGCGACUCCCGCCCAAGUCAGUCCUGCGAUUUCGUGCUGUCUGCAAAUCUUGGCUCAACUGCAUCAGCAACAACAAUUUCCUCGAAGAAUACCAUGGGCGCCAAAAGCCACAGCACCUGAUCGUCCCAGUCGAUCCAGACAACACCAGGCAUAAGAUGAGUCACCGUGUAGAUGCUGUUGAUUUCCAGCACCCCGAGGACGGUUUCCGCUCCAUAAUCAGCUUCACCAGCUUUGGAGUAUUUGAGGUCUUUGAUCCAGAUGAAGAAACCGCAGAGCAUCUAAUGUCUGCCGUACAGGGCUCAAUUGGAGGCCUCCUCCUCGUCUCCUUCGAGCACAGGUGCUAUAUCUGCAACCCAAGUACAAAAGAAUCACGCCGCCUCCCACAGCUGGAUGACCAUGAAAUCUUGGGACUGUACAUGCUGGGCGAUGAGUUUAGGGUCCUCUAUCUCAAGGAAGAUGAGGAGGGUGAUGACGAAUUCUUCGUCCUGUCAGUGCAUCAAUCUCUUAGCAAUAAAUCCAUUGGGUACUGCCCUGUGUCGCCCGCGGCGAAUCUGCCAGAAAUUGAUGGACCGAAGAAGCUGGGGUUCAGCCUGCAGAGUUCGGCAAUUGAGCCGCCUGCCAUGGUCGGGGCCAACCUUUAUUGGGCACCGUUGGAGCUGUGGCCACGGGAAAUUACAGUUUUUGAUUGCCAGUCUGAGCUUUUUCACUGGAUGAAGCUUCCCAAGACCAAGGAGCGCUCCAAGAGCAACACCAACAAUACGAUGAAGGUUCUUGAGUUGGACGGCGAGUUGGGGUUGUCUCUUCACAGGAGGGGUGAAUCAAGUGUUGAGCUAUGGGUAUUAGAUUCUCUGAAGAUGUGGGAGCUCAAACACAGUAUUCAGUUGCCGGUUGCAGAUAUCACUGGCUUUGGAGCACAUACCUGGGAUCCCUUUCUUAUGUCCAUGGAUGGAGGUGUGAUCGUAAGGUGCGUGUCCCAGGGCCAGGGCCAGGGAGGGGAAGGCCAACAAGGCACUCAGGCGCUCCUGUACUGCAACAGACACGGAGAGCUAGCGCCUGGACCACUGUUCGUAGGCGAUUUGGCUGCGCCUGCCAUACACCUAUUCAAGCAAAGCAUUAGGCGACAUGCCCUGUUCCAGGGGCAUCAGCAAGAUGCUACGUCUCCCUUGUCACUCUUCCGGGACCUCUAGAUCAGCAACCUUUCAGAGAGAUUCAGCCUGCUGCCAGGUGAUUUGCUUGCACCUGCUCCAGGAAAGUAUUAUGCGACAUGAUAUGUUUCCAGGUGCAUAAGGAGGAGGAUGCUGUUUCACCACUGCUUCAGGAUUUGCAGAUCACAGCUCCUACUUGCCGUGCUUUCUUGUAUAUUGGGCCCUCUGAUGCUGAUGUCUCACUAAUGUUCCAAGAUCUGUAGAUUAGAGCUUGUGCCUGUCAAUGUAUUUUUUGGAGAUUGACCCUGCACAUGAUUUCUUUUCUGAAUAUCCCUGUAUUGUAAUUGCAACGUCUAGUGUUGACAUUCAAACUGAUUAGCUUUUCUUAUC